GGUAGCUUUAUGGAUAGUGAUGGGAAAUACGCUAGUCAUUGUCACAUAUAGAACAUACAUUCCAUUACGAACAGUGGCCAAUAUUUUUAUUAUACACUUAGCUGUUGCGGAUGAAUUAACUGGCUUGGCUUGUUUAAUAUUGCUGCCUGUGAGAUAUGUGCCAUUAGAACUAAUAUGCAGUUUUGCAUUUCAAUUGAUUAACCCACUACUAAUUACAAUACCAUUUUUCGCAUCACUUCAUUUUCUACUGAUGGUUUCUAUUGACCGAUUUAUUGCAAUAUUUUGGCCACUUCGAUAUCAGACGAUUAUGACAAAUAAAAGAGCUAUUAUGACAUCAUGUGCAAUAUGGUUACUCUGUGUCCUAUAUUAUUUAACAAUAGUGAUUGAUAUUACCUUUCAAUUUAAGAGCAACCCGGAGCAAGCAAUUUUGCAUUGUGCAAAGUACGCAACUAUACCUGAAUUUAUGAUGAAGACGUUUGGCGUCUUAUACAUUUUAGUUCUAAUACCACAGAUCGUUAUCUACAGUUGCAUAUUCAUGACGGCAAAAACGCAACAGAACAAAAUGCAAACAACAAAUGGAGCCACUUUAUCAAGGUCAAACAUCGCCAAAAUGAAUUUCAAACUCGUAAAGACACCUCUAAUUGUGAUUGGCUUAUUUGAGGUAUGUUGGACACCAUUGGUUGUUUUCCUCACAGCCAUUCAAUUUGAUUGGUUAGACUAUGACACCGUGUACAUGGGAAUGUUUAUAUCGUACAUAUUUGCAAUCAUCAACUCUGGAAUGAAUCCUAUUAUUUAUGCUGUCAGAUCGACAAACUUUAGAAUUGGGAUGAGAAAAGUACUUAAACUGAAGUCAAACACUGUUGAAAAUAUGUGACACAUGAACAAAAUGUGUUUUUUCACCAGAUAUGAGAAGA